GGAACGUACCACACUCGACAUCAUCGCAUUGCCGGGCAGAAAUGUCUCAUUCUGGUGCGUGCUUAAACGAGCGUAAUGGACCUUCGUUUGUACUUUCAAACGCUUUACGGGGCGUGCAUUACCGGGCAUAAUCCCAGAACGAUAGGUAGAGGUAUUGGGCAGUACGUGAAACAGGCACCAGAUAAGUCCUGCUCGCCCUGUUAGCCAAAAGCGAGGUCAAGAGCAAGUUACCUACAUGCAGAUGUGUUCCCCCCACAAACAGGCUUCGAAUGCUUUCGAUAGAUCCCACCACAUGCCGUGAACCAACCGACCCCUCUUCCUCAAGUGUGAAGGACAGCCAUGUGUUCUCUGGCGCUCUGCUCUCAGGGCAACGCUUCUGUCACCUUUCAUCUCAAAGCGGAGGCUCGAGCCGCUCGAUAUCGUCUACAACAUGGCCGACCACCAGCCAACACAAGCACUGUCAGUCGAGGGGAACAGCAGCAACAUGGAGAGCUCCGAUAUCUCCUCCGCUAGUCUCCCAACGGAUAGCACCCAAGAUGAUCAGACCGACGAUGGAUCUGAUCAAGACAGCGUAACAAGUGACCUGAGCACGCAGGACUAUACCGUCAGCCUCAAGGAUGAUCUACGCAAGGCUCUCGAUAACGUCAAAGUCGCCGGAUCAUUCGCUUCUUUCCGCAAGCUAUCACGUACACCUCCUGACGGUUUUUACGUCGACGGAGUUGGCGACGUCGCCAUGCCUCUUGGCGAGACUCAAGCCCGCCAGUUGAUUGCAAAAGCCCGUCAGGCUCCCUAUGGCAGGGGAAGCGAGACCAUCGUUGACACAAGCGUCCGAAAUACCUGGGAAAUCGAUGCAGCCCAGUUCAGCUUCAACAACCAAAGGUGGCCAGGCUACGUCCGGCAUCUGUGUUCCCGUGUUGCCGCCGACCUAGGCAUCAAGUCACCAAUCCGGGCAGAGAUAUACAAGAUGCUCAUCUACGAGCGCGGUGCCAUGUUCAAAAGCCAUACCGAUACCGAGAAAAUCCCCGGCCAGUUCGGCACCCUCGUCGUCGCCCUCCCCUCUGCCCACAAAGGCGGAGACGUGGUGGUCAAGCAUUGUGGCGACCAAAAAACAUUCAAGACCUCGGAACAUGGACAGUCCUUUAUCUGCUGGUACUCUGAUGUACACCACAAGGUGUGUCCUGUCGAGUCCGGGUAUAGAUGGGUAUUGAUCUACAACCUCGCUCUUGAUCCCAAUGCCGUUCGCCCUUCAGCCGGUCUUGUACGCUCAGAGACCGAGGCUCUCCGCCACAUCCUGCUUAAAUGGCUCCAGGAACCCGGAGAGUCGCGCCAGAAGGGUCUCUACUACGUUCUGGAUCACCACUACACCGAAGCAAGCAUCAAGUUGAACAACCUGAAGACGCGUGACCUAGCAAUCGGCCAAGUCUUGAACAAUUUAUCCAAGGAACUCGACUUUGAAGUCUUUUUUGCUCUUCUGGAAAAGGAAGAGUUUGGAGAGGCCGAGGUCGACCACUCUAAGUUUUAUAAUGUGUAUCGUGAAGAAGGCGAAGAGUCGAGCGAGGAGGAACCCUUCCUUUGCAUAGAAGAACUCAUAGAAGUCGACUACAGAGUCAAAACAGUUCGAGAUAUGUUCGGUAAGCCGGUUGUCGACGGUCUAGCACUUGACCCUGAGGAGGAAAUCCUCCAAGACGACGGGGAAUUGUUUGCCGAUGAUGACCCUGAGCAGGAGUACGAGGGCGUCAUGGGCAACACAGGUCCGACAGUGACACAUCGGUACCGUUCAACCGCUGUCCUCCUUGUCCCAUCCGCCUCAAUUCUCGAAUUCUUCGAGAAGAAUAUGCAAAAGCUUUCAAGAAAGACUCGCCAAUCAUUGAUCAGUUAUUGUGCCAGAUCAAGCCUGAGUUGUUUGGGGUCAAAUAUGCACCGUGCAACGCUCUUGUUUCAGGCUGCGAUGGAUCUCGCCAAACGCUCUACGACCACAAGCGAUGCUCGCUCGACCGUUUGGCCCAAAAAUCCACUGAUUGAUGGGAACGACCUCAUGAGUAUUCUCAAGGUUGCAAUUGAGCUGAGAGAUUAUGAUUCCUUCGCUGAUGCCUGCUUGAAUCAAAACGCCGGAAUCCCGACCUCUUUCUUCGCAUGGACCAAGCAGUGGUUCAAGCGGUCAAACACGGAUUCGCGCUUCCAGUGCUUUGAACUAGGGCUGAGUUGCGUUGUCGAUUCAUACCCUGAUCUGUCUGACAGGUUAGCAGCCCUUACGAACUUGAUCCCGAAGCCCGAAGACGCGGACUGGCCCGCCAGUCUACGUGAUGAAAUAUCAACAUGGGUACACGGCAAGCUCGAGGAAUCCCUCGGCGACUUGUUAAUGAAGGAGAAAGUAGGUGAUGGCGACGGGAAAACCAUAAUCGAAAUGGCUUUAAUCCUUCCGGAUCCAUCACGCUUCCUCUCCACCAGCGUAGUUCCAUUGCUGGAUCCAGAGCGUCAGUCAAUAGCUUUCUUCAUCGCCUUGUUGGCGCGGUUGUGGAAGGAAGUCUCGGCCGACGUCGUUCCUCGUGACGAUGGCUUUGCCAUUUACAGGACUAUAGCCAAGCAAUUGCUUGCCUCAGCAGACCUUUCCACACUUAGACCGAAAGGUGGAAUCAAGCCUGAGCAUGGGACCAAGCGGCAACGGACCAGCUAUGACGGUAGCAACAAACGUCCCUCGAAGAAACAACUCCUAAGGACAGUCGCAUCCAAUACACUAGUCAAGUUCUUCGAGAAGCUCGUUAAGAUCAGCACCCCAGAUGACGACUUGGCCACACAAUUCAUAACCAAGCUGAACGACGCUGUCCCCCGUCUACCUGUCGAUCACAUGCACAACCUCUGGCUUCCCUUUCUCUGGUGUCUCAUCCCCAUCCUCACCGCCAACGGGAUCCCUCUCACCACCCCCGUGUACCAAUCCCUCUACCGCAACAUGCUCACUCGCUACAUCCAAGAGUACGUCAGAACACAGCCCGCGCCUUCAAACUCGCUUGUCCGCCCGCCCGUCAACUGCCCCCUCCUCCACUGCCCCGACUGCAAUGCCCUCAACUUCUUUCUACAAAGCCCCACUGAGGAGGUCGAACGAUUCGAUGUCGGCAAAAAAGCCCGACGCCACCUGCACGAGAUGCUCGAUGAGCGCGGGAUUGACUGUACGCACGUGUCUGAGCGCGGCACGACCCCGAACACGCUGGUGGUGACCAAGACAUUUACGCAAGAGGAGCCGCUGAUGAAGGAGUGGAAAGAGAGAAAGGCAUAUGCGGCCAGUAGGUUACGCAUCUUUGAGACGUACUCGCAGGCGAUGCCGGAGUUGAGGGUCUUGCUGGGAGAGCAGUUUGAUAGGAUCAUGAACAUGCAGGAUGUCUAUCCAAACCCAGCGGGAGCCAGACGCACGGCACCGAGAUCUUUGGCGUCCGCAUCGGGACUUGUCAUGGGUAGAACUAGAGUGGGUGCUUCUGGGUCGAGUCUCUCCACGACCGCUCCUGUGGCGGGAGUGAAGAGGUCUCGGAGCGUUAGCCUCGAGGACGGAGUGGAGACUGUUGACUUGACAGAAGAUUGAUCAGAUAUGUAGGUGAAUUGGUAUAGCUGGCGAGUGUUUGGUAUAUGAUAUGCUGGCAUGCUGUCUUGUUUUGGAUAAGGAUGGGAUCAGGGCAUACGAUGUAUACUUUUUGGUAGGAGGUAGAGUGGGUACAGAUGAAUGCAUACACGGACACUACUGAGGACUUGUUUGGUACGUUCCACUUGAAAUAGGUUAUUAUGACGGAAAAACUUAGCUGCUCGUUAGCCAAUACCGCAAGUUCUCGUUCAUAAUGGAUGUACCACAACAAGGCAAUAAAGG